AUGCCUUUAUCUUCAUUUUUUAUAUCUCCAUUUGGUGAUGUUAACUUAGAACAAGCUUAUCAAAAUCAACUACUUAAAAAACAUGGAGAUCUUUUAAUUUAUUUUCUUCUCCUUAUAACAAUAUCAUCAAUAUCAUUUUCAAUAAAUCACCUACCUCAACCAGAUGGAGGAAUGAUUUUAUCAACAAUUACAGCAAUAUUAUCAGUAAUUUUAAUAGCAAUAUUAACAAUAAAAAAUAAUGAAGAUAAAAAAGAUUCUAGUAAUGGUAAUACAAUUAAAAUCAAAUAUUAUACUAAUGUUGCUAAAAGAUCUUACACAAUAUCAUUAAUAAUUUCUUUUUGGUUAACUUUUGUUGUUAUCCUUCUAAUGAUUACUGGAGAACAUUAUGUUAUAAUUAUAACAAUUACAUUAUAUAUCUCAUUUUAUAUGUUAUUUCCAUUUGAAUUAUCAUCAACUAUUAUAAUUGGUGUAAUAUUAAGUUUUCUUGAAAUAAUUCUUUAUAUAUUAUGGGAAUAUUUUGAUAAAACAAGACUUGAUAAAGUAUUUUUUAAUAUUAUGUGGAAAAGAAUUAUAGAAAAUAAUGAACCUAAAAAUGGAAAUGUUUAUGAGAUACAGGAAACAUCAAUAGUAACUGAAAUUGAUAAAGAUCGUAUUAUGGCAUCUAUAAUAGCACAUAUAUGGUGUAAUUUUAUUGGUAUAUAUUUAUAUAUAAUACGUUCUCGUCUUACCAGAGCAACAUUUCUUAAUGCACGUGGAGCUUUACGUGGUACAAUUUGUGUUGAAUCACAAAAUACUAGAAUUGAUAAACUUUUAUCAAGACCAUUACCACCACAUGUUAUGAGAAAUGUUAAAAAAAGUAUAAAAGAAGGUAUUGUUCCACAGAUACAUGUUGAAACAUUUAAUGAUGCUGUUAUAAUUUAUGGUAAAAUUCAUAAUUUAGAAAAUAUUUUAUCACAAAUAAGUGUUCAGGAUGGUGGAAGAUUAUUAAAUGAAUUAGAAAAAAGAAUUGAUAUGAUUGUUGAAAAAAAUAAUUGUAUAAGAAUUGUUUCUGAUUGUAUUAUUAUAUGUUCAGGAAUACCAUCAAUACAUACACCAAAUAAUUGUUCCUCAAUUUUUACAAAAUCUCCACCACGUUUAGGUUUACAAGCUGCUAUGGAAUUAGCAUUAAUGAUAAAAUCAUUUGUUGAUGUAACACAAGCUGAUAUAUCAUUUCAAAUAGGUAUAUCUCAAGGUAUUGUUAAUGGUGGUAUUAUGGGACUUGAUAAAUGGCAUUAUGAUAUCAUUGGUCAGGCUGUUGAUAGAGCAAAAGAAUUAUGUAAUUUAGCUAUACCAGGAAAUGUUUUUAUUGAUAAAAAUAUAGGUGAUAAAUUAUGUAAAGAAUUUUCUAUGGAAUUAAUAAAUGAUGAAAAGGAAUAUAGAAUUAAAAUUGAUGAAGUAUUUAAUAAAAUGAUUGAAAAACAAGAUUACCAUCCAUCAGUUGUAUUUCCAUCUCAAAAACGUCUUUCUAUGACAACAGUUUCUCAAUCAAUUAAUAGACUUCUUGAAACAGUUAAUUCUGUUUUAAUAGUUGAUAAUAUUCAUAAAAGAUCAACAAAAAUUAUUAAUAAUAGAGGUGGUAAAAGGCAACUAAUAAAUGGUGAAAUUCGUGAAAAAUCACUUCUUGAACAGGAUGAAAGAAAUGAAUAUUAUAAAAAUUAUAAAUCACAAAAUUAUAAUAUCAUGAAUUCAUUUACCUUACGUUUUCGUGAUCAUUAUUUUGAAAAAUAUUAUCAUAAAUUAAUAGAUAGAUGGUUAAUACCAGCAUUAAUAACAUCAAUGGUAUUUAUUAUUAUUUCAACAUUCUAUCAACAACUUAUUGUUUCAAAAUUUACAACUAUUUUAGUAUUUUCAAUUUUUGGAUUAGGAAUAUUAGCUAUAAUGUUUGCCUUUCUAUUUUUAGAUUAUUUUCAAUUUAUGUGCCAAUUUAUAACACAAACAUGUAUUGGACAUUCCACUGUUAUUACAACACUCCUUUUUUCAAUUAUGUCAUGUACAAUGUAUUCAUUCUACUCCUGUGAUGAUUCAAUUAAAUGUUCAAAUCCAAAUUUAAAUACAACAAAUCUUGUUAUGUGGAUGAUAAUAGUUCCAUUAUAUGUUAAAUUAAGUAAUAUUGCUUCUCUAAUAACAUUUAUCCUUUCAAUAAUAAUAUAUACCGGGUAUGUUUUUGAGAAACAAGCUGAAGUUUUUGUUACUGCUUCAACAACAGCUGGUUGGAGGGUUGAUUUUGAUCUCCUUAUUACAUUACUAACAUUAUCAUUUAUUUUAUAUAUUAGAAUACGAAGAAAUGAAAAACUUCAAAGAUGUGAUCAUUUAUCUGCUAUGAGAAUUGUUGAAGAAAAAAAAAUAUAUGAAAAUUAUGAAAAAGUUAUUGAAAAUAUUAUGUAUCAAUUUUUACCUAAACAUAUUGCUAAUAGUUAUGAUAUUAAAUCAGAACCAUACUGUCAUCUUUUUCAUGCUGCUGGUAUUGCAUAUCUUCAAAUAAUGCCAGGUUAUAAUGAAAAAGAUAAAUGGAAUAAUCAGGAAGAUUUUAAAUAUCUUAAUGAAAUUAUUAUUAAUAUUGAUCAAAUGUUAAGUAAUUUUAAUGGACUUGUUAAAGUAAGAAAUUCAAAUGAUAUAUAUAUUGUUGCUGCCGGUGUUCUUCCUGAAUCUUCACAUUUAGUACAAGAGGCUCCAAGUACUAUUGGUGAUUUAUUAUCAUCUUUAACUGAUUUUGCCAUUCAAGUACGUGGAUAUGUUAAGCAAUUUGGUAUAUGGGUUAAAAUUGGUAUUGAUUGUGGUCCAGCAAUUAGUUAUGCCUUAGGUGAUGAUAAACCAACAUUUAAUAUUACUGGUAAAACAUAUAUUAAUGCUAUGAAUUUAUCACUUCAUUCUCAUAAUUUUGAUGGAUUAAUGGUAUCAGAGGAAAUUUAUCUUGCAUUAAGACCAAGACAAUAUAAAUUUGCCGAUGAACAUGUUGCUGAAGUUAAGGUAAGAAGUUUUAUUAAAACUCUUCAAAAUGAAGAAGAAAUUUAUUAUUCAAUUCCACCUGAAAGUUCUAAAAAAAAUGAAUAUGUUAAAAAUAUAGAAUAUACAAUUAAAGGUUAUGUCUUUGAAAGUGAUUUAAAAGCAAAAAUUGAUAAUGAUAUGUUUAUUGAAGAGUUAGAUCCUCAAGAAAAUUCUAAACCACAAAAUAAAACUAUAUUUAAAGAUGCAAAUGCUAUAUUAAAAGAUCAUUGUAUAAAUCCAAUAGAAUUUCUUAGUAGUAUGAAUACCUCUUACUCAUCUGAUGUCUAUUCAAUAGAUAUUGAUAUAGAAUCAGAUUCAGAUAUUGAAUGGUGCUCACCACAAUAUACAACAACAUAUCCAGAAAUUAUUGAUAAAACAAUUGAUGGUGAAAAAAUUAUAGAAACAACAAGUUUAAUUGAAGGACCAUCUUCACCACCACUUCCUGCACCUAGUGAUGAGAAACUUUUAAGAAAAGGUUCAACUGUUUCAGAUAAUCAACAACGUUUAAAUUCAUUUAAUAAACGUUAUAUGUCAAAUAGAGCAUUAGUAUAUAGUGAUUUUUCGGAAAGUGAAGCAUUACUAUCAAAUUAUAGUCCAAGAAUUGGUAGUAAUAAAAGAGUUUCUUUAACAAGAAACGGACCAAAAAUUCCACAUUGGUUAACUUCAAGCAAAAACAGUAUAAAUACCUCAGAGAUGUCUAUUAAUCAAAAAAAUUCCAGAAGUCAUAGUAAAAUGGGAUCAUUAAGUGCUUUAGAUAGAUUAAAUGCAACAGCUCUUAAAGUUGAUAGAAUGCUUAAAGAGUUAGCAUGUGUGGAUGAUUUUGAAAUGGGUUCCUGUAAAUUUGAUGAUCCGGAAUACUCUAAAUUUCCUCUUCAUUAUGCAUCCUCUAUAGGAGGAGGAUCUAACAAAAGUUCAUUACAUCGAUUUGGUAGAGGUGUCUCUUCAACAUGUCAUACAGAUUAUGAUAAUAUGGAUUCUGAAGCAAAUAGUGAUCAAGAGGUAGAUUGCCAAGUUUACUCAAAAUUAGAAGAACUUAAAAAAGCUUUAAAAGGCACAAAUAUAGAUCAAUCCCGAUACAGUAAUAGUUCAACAAAACCCGGAAAUCGUAGAAAUAAAAAAUCUCGUAAAAGUUUAUUUGAUUCGUUUAAAAAAAGAAAAUAUACCAUUCCUGAUACUGGUGAUGAAGCUGAUGGAGAAGAAAGUAACUGUUCCUCACUAGCAGCAUCUCAAUUCUUUGACAACAUCCGUUGGAAAUCAGUUCAUUCCAUUGGUUAUGAAAAUGAAUAUGAAUUUACGGAUGAUAAUAAUAUGAAUAUUUCAUUUGGAUUUAUAGAUGAUGAUAUAGAAAGUCAACAUGAUGAUGAUAAUAAUGAAAAUGAAAAUCAAAAAAAUAAUGGAAAAAAUAUUAAUGCUAAAGAGGAGAUGGCUAAACUUGCUAGGGACAUUCAACAAAAUUUUGGUGAUUAUAAAUUGGCUUCAUUUGAGAAAUUAAAUUAG